AUGGCCGCACCCGGACCCCGCGCCUUGCGUGCUGCUCUCUGCGGCGGUUGUUGUUGCCUCCUCCUGUGUGCCCAGCUGGUUUUAGCUGGUAAAGGAGCGCGAGGCUUUGGGAGGGGAGCCUUGAUCCGCCUGAACAUCUGGCCUACUGCCCAAGGGGCCUGCAAACACCUAGCACACUGUGAACGCUGUGUGGACAGGGCCCACAAUCUCUCCAUCUGCGUCUGGCAACAAUGUGGGCUAGAGGAGCCAGGACACUGUGUGGCCCAAGCUGAGGUGCUCAAGGAGGGUUGCUCUCUCUACAACCGUUCAGAGUCAUGCCCAGCUUUCCACCACCAUCCCACCCAUGAACCAGAGAUGAGCACAACAGGAAGUCCCCCAGUCCCUGAAACCCACGGCUCAGGCUUUGAUGGAGCCAGCUUCAUCGGGGGCAUUGUGCUGGUGCUGAGCCUGCAAGCAACUGCCUUCUUUGUGAUGCGUUUCCUCAAGGCCAAGGACAGCACUUACCAGACAUUGUGA